AUGAACACGUGGCUCAUGAUCAAGGAAGAGGCCAGCGGGUGGCCAAGUCACGUGGGCAACAAUCCCCUGAAACGUCAACGACACUUGGACGAUUACAGAGACAAAGAGGGGAUCGAAUUGGACCCAGAAAAGAUUGAGAAAAAUCCUGGACUGCAUACGCUGGCCAAGAUGAUGUUAAACUCCAAUUUUGAAUUUGAUGACCCCUAAACAUUUUCCACCUUCUGUAAUAGUGACACCCUACAAAUCAAGUACGUUAGUAUACAGUCAGAUGAUCGGGUGGAAGUACAAUACACUUUACAAGAGGAAGACGAAUCCAUCUCACCCAACCUGAACAUAUUUGUGGCCUGUUUCACGACCUGUUAG